AUGGGCGCAUACUCGCAAUCUAACGGCUCCGUCGAAGAAACAACCUCGUCCGCUCGUUCGUUUUUCUCUCGUUUCACCCUGUCCAGCCGAUCGCGCUCGCGUAACCUCGCCGACUUCCACGUCCGCCCCAACGACCCGCACCGCCAGUACUCGGCCGGCGACCACGUCCAUGGCGCGGUAGUCCUGACUGUGGUCAAGCCCAUCCGCAUCACUCACCUUACGGUCGCCCUGCAUGGCUAUGUUCGCGUGCACAAGGGGCCGGCUGUCAGCGAGCCCCCGAUCGCGAAGCCCGCCCUGUCCGGUCGGUCGUCGGCACAGUACCAUGGCAACGGCUACGCUUCUCUCUUCCAGGACGAGCAGGUACUCAGCGGUGAGGGGAGGUUGGAGCCUGGGAAGUACGAAUUCAACUUCGACUUAGUCUUCCCUGAGAAGGGCCUGCCCAGCAGUAUUGAUUUUGAACGAGGCACGAUUUCCUACAUGAUAACAGCGACUCUGACGCGCCCGACCUCGAUAUCUGCCACAUCGUCUUGCGAUCGAAAAAUUCAGUUGGUGGAGAAAAUAGAUAUCGGACCCCUCGCGCCUCCUCGCCCCCGGACUAUCUACCUCGAGCCGAUAUCUAAGAAAUCGAGACGCAAAAGAGCAGCUGGGCCUGACAAGGCUUCCCUCGCACCGGACGCAAACGAAAAUAGUUCCGACGCAGAACACCAUGAUGCUGAGCGUGCAGUCGAAUCCCCAGCGCCCGCUGAAGAUCAUUCACACGAUCCGCAAGAUCAUCCACGAAGUCCAACGCAUACAGACAUGCAGAGUGAAGUCAGUGGCGACAGUACUGUUAGCUCGAGCACAGGCAUCAGCUUGGCACGAGCAGAGCCUCAAAUCGCCAGCAGUUCGCUGUCAAAUUCCAAAAUGCAAGCCGUCGAUGAGAAGACGAUUACGGCAACUAUCGAGAUGCUCAAGGGUGGUGCCUUGCCAGGUGACACGGUAUCAGUGAAGGUAUCGGUUCAACACAUCAAGCGGAUCAAGAGUAUGCAUGGCGUUAUUGUCACCAUGUACCGACAAGGCAGGGUCGACACGGCACCGCCCGCCUCCAUGUUUGCCGACAUCCUGUCGAAAGACGAGACCCGCAAACUUGCGCAAGAAGAUUACUACCCGCGAUCGCGGACAGGCCUGGGUGGUCUUUCAUUGACAUCUACAUCGUCGCUCAGUGUUUUCCGAAAGGAUUUAUCCCAGUCUGUUGCCCCUCUGAUUAUCGACCCGGCAACGAUGGAGACAACAGUGACGGCAUCGCUCAAGGUGCCCGAGGACGUAUUCCCAACCAUCAAAGGCGUGCCCGGCGACAUGGUGAGCUUCAAAUACCAAGUGGAGGUUCUUGUUGAUCUGGGCGGCAGGCUUGCCAAUCAGCUGCAAGGGGGCGGUCAGCCGAGAGUAGCACAGUUCGCGCCGGGUUCCGGCGCAACUGAUGGCAACAACGCGGUGCUCACUUCCUGGGGAGGCAACGUGAUAGACACGGAUCGGUUACGACGUGAAAAGGGAGUGAUAUCAGUCGUUUUUGAGGUUGUCCUGGGCACGACAGACAGCACGCGGCUACGCGGCCGGAGUAACACGUUGCGCACGUUCCAAACGCGCGAAGUCUCUCUCAAUAGGGAGGUUUCCAAUCCCUGGCGUGCUGGUGACAUUCACAGGGACGACGGCGAGAGCUACUGGCCGCAACCAACCCCCCAAAUGCCAGUAUCUCUCAGUCGGCAACCUACAAUCACGAUGCAGCCUACGAGCCCGCCAGAUGAUAUGCAAGCGCCAGCUUACGUGCCUCCCCCCCAAGUUCCAGACGAGGGUAACUUGACGGAGAAAGAGCGGGCACGAAGGCAAGAGGAGAGACUCUUACCGAGCAGGCCACCCCAAGCGUCGGGAGCAGGCCCGUCUUUCGCAUCGGCACCGGAGCCGAACAUCUACGACGCCGAAGACGAGUCCUCGGAACUGCGACCCCAUCAUGGAAUGAAUGGAAUAGAGGAUCAACCUUCGGCACCGACGCUCGACGAUAUUUCGACGGCUCGUGAAGCUCGAACGGAAGACAAGCAAGAACUUGAGCGGCAACGGUUGCUUAAUGAAGCCAGUGCGCCGCCAGAGUUCCCAGACGACUACGACGCCGGACCCAGUGCAUCAGCGCCGCCAGCAGCCGCCGCCGCCGCCGCCGAGCCAUCGGCCCCGGUAUUAGCGGACGAGAAUGACUACGGGCAUCAGUACAGCUACGGCACAGAAGCAGGCGCGGGACAGUCCAGUCACCACGCUAUAGGGUCAGAGCCAUUGCCGAGGUACGAGCGAUGA